CUUUCUUUUCGAAAAUCGCAGGAUCAUCUGCUCAAUCGUAGAAAUUUUCCUCAGAAUUUGAAGGUUUUUUCGGAGGUUUUUUUGUCCAUCGAUUCUGAAUCUGUGGCAAUCGACAAUCAAUAAUGCCACCAAAAUUCGACCCGAAUGAAAUCAAAAUAGUGUGUCUGAGGUGCACCGGUGGUGAAGUUGGAGCGACAUCAUCUUUAGCUCCUAAGAUCGGUCCCUUAGGCUUAUCACCCAAAAAAGUCGGUGAUGAUAUUGCCAAGUCGACUCAAGAUUGGAAGGGUUUAAAGGUGACAGUACAGUUGACCAUCCAGAAUCGACAAGCAAAAAUAUCUGUGCUUCCUAGUGCUGCAUCCUUAAUCAUCAAGUACCUUAAGGAACCACCGCGAGAUCGCAAGAAAGUAAAGAAUAUAAAACAUGAUGGCAACCUUUCAAUGUCAGAUAUCCUGGACAUUGCUCGACAAAUGCAUAGCCGAUCGAUUUCACGUAAUCUUGCUGGAACUGUGAAGCAAAUGUUGGGAACAGCUCAGUCUGUAGGCUGUACUGUUGAAGGUGAACCUCCACACGACAUUAUUGAUAAAAUUAAUGAAGGAGAAAUAGACAUCCCGGAGGAAUGAGGAUCAUUUCAUAUUUGGGUUGUAAAUAAAAUAUGAAAAUUGA